CAUCCCGUCCGUUCUCAUCUGAACAGCUUGACGACGCACACUACAAGUCGUUGCUCCCGACAAAGAAAGCGUCUUUCGAGGAGCGCACCGUGUGCUCACGUUUCGAGUAUAUAUGUAUAUUGGAUCGAGGCACAAUUAAUUUAAAUUGUGUGCAUAAAGAUGCGCCUGACAUUAGCAAUGCAAAAGACUGUAAGGUCAGAUUUCUCUAACAAGAUUGCAGCUUAUUAAGCACCACCGUUCAUGUCGAUCCAUACAACACUGCAUACUGCGCGCUCCCACACACACAUACACACAAAACAACACCAACUUUUGCUCCUUGCAUCCAGAGAGGGAUAAUGGAGGUCUUCAUGGGGGCAUUGCCUAGCCUCCUUCCCAAGCUUGGCGACCUGCUCGUCGGCGAGUAUAAUCUGCAAAAGGAUGUGAAGGGUGGCAUCAUAUUCCUGAUAGCUGAGCUUGAGAGCAUGAAGGUUGCCCUAGAGAAGAUCUCCAAGACACCAGCAGACCAGCUUGACGAGCAGGACAAGAUCUGGGGCAGGGAGGUGAGACACAUGUCCUAUGACAUAGAGGACAGUAUUGACACAUAUAUGGUGAUGCGGGGCAAGGGCAGUGAGCUGCUGGCCACUCAAGGUCGCUUCAAGAAGUUCAUCUAUUCGAGCCUCAACAUCGUAGCAGAGACUAAGAUUCGCCGUAAGAUUGGUAAGGACAUCAGAGACAUGAAGAUCCGUGUCAAAGAGGUUGCCGAGCGGCGUGGUAGGUACAAGAUGGGAGGUGUUGAUGCAAAGCCUGUCAUGGCUACUAUUGAUCCUCGUUUACGCGGUCAGUAUAGGAAGGCAGAAGAGCUUGUUGGCAUCAACGAGUCAAGAGAUGAGAUUAUCAAGAACCUAACCAAUGGGGAUGAAAUGGCCAACCAUGAAGGCAAGAUAGUUUCCAUUGUUGGCUUUGGGGGGUUAGGGAAAACAACCCUUGCCAAAGCAGUGUAUGAAAAGAUCAAUGCAACAUUUGAGUGCCGAGCUUUUCUUUCUGUGUCUCGAACUCCUGACAUGAAGAAUCUUUUCAAGGCCAUGCUCCGUGACCUUGCUGGCAUGACAAUAAAUGACGACACGAUGGAUGAGGGAAGUCUCAUCAACAAACUCAUACAAUUUCUUCAAGGCAAGAGAUACAUCAUUGUUAUGGAUGACAUAUGGGACUUCGAACACUGGAAGUUGAUUAGAUGUGCUUUGCCGGAUAAAAAUGCUGGGUACAUAAUUAUGACAACUACACGUAAUUUGGGGGUCGCUAAUCGUAUUGGCGGUGCUUAUAAUUUAAAACCUCUCUCUCUUCAGAACUCUAGAAUAUUAUUCUAUGGAAGAAUAUUUUGCAAUGAAGAAAAUGACAAAUGUCCUGACGAGGGGCUUGCUGAGGUAUCCAACAAAAUACUAAAAAAAUGUGCCGGUGUACCCCUAGCUAUCAUUACCAUUGCUAGUUUGCUUGCAAGCAAACGAAAAGAUAAAAUGGAUUGGUAUGAGGUGCACAACUCUAUUGGAACUGGACUAAUGGAGGAUAAUCAAGAUUUCAAGAGUAUGAAGAAGAUUUUGUCUCUCAGCUAUUAUGAUUUGCUGCCCCACUUAAGAAAUUGCCUAUUAUAUAUGAGUGUGUUUCCAGAAGAUUAUGAAAUUAAGCAAGAUACUUUGAUAUGGUUGUGGGUAGGUGAAGGCUUUAUCCAGUCUGGAAAACAAGGGAAGAGCCUAUUUGAAGUUGGAGAGAGUUACUUAAAUGACCUCAUAAAUAGAAGUUUGAUCCAACCCGUGUACAGUUAUACAUGCAAGGACUGGUUUGAUUGUCGUGUACAUGAUAUGGUUCUUGACCUUAUCUGUUCUUUGUCAGCCGAAGAAAACUUUGUUACUAUAUUGAGUGGUAUGAAUCAAACUUGUCGAUCAGAAAAGGAUCGGAGGUUGUCCCUUCAAAAUAGCAACACAGAUCAAGCUACGCUCGGGGCAACAAUAAUAAGCAUGUCACAAGGAGUGAGAUCAGUUGUUGUCUUUGGAUCUGCUUUUGAUCUUAUUGCACCGUCCCUUCAUGGCUUUAGAGUUUUACGUGUACUACAUUUAUUUGAUGAACAUUGUAUUUCACAAGGUUCCAUUAAGUGUCUUGGAAAUUUAGUUCACUUGAGGCACCUAGCUAUCCAAGGCUCAUCAGGGUUUCAGCUCCCUGAAGAACUAGGAAACCUGCGGUUUCUACGAAUAUUGGAUGUAGCUGGCAGUAGCAUUUGGAGCUUGCCAUCGACUGUUGUUCAGCUAAAAGAUUUGAUGUGCCUAAAAGUUAACUCCGGUGUCACAAUGCCAAAAGGGUUCGGAAGGCUAACAUCCCUUGAAGAGCUGGAAUUUUUAUCGGUUAAGGACGACCCAGCAAGAAAUAUAAAAGAGUUGGGCCAUCUAACGGAAUUGAGGGUUCUCAAUCUGUAUUUCAGCAGCGGUACUGCAUGGGAUGACAGCUUGAAUAAAUCUCUGGUGGAGUGCCUAUGCAUGCUCCGAAAGAUUCAAAUACUAAAUAUUGCAACGUAUGACUGCAGAGGUGAAGGCUACUUGGAUGGCUGGGUCGCUCCUCCGCAUCUCCGUAGAUUGCGUAUGAGCUGCUGCUGGCUCUCCACACUGUCAGCUUGGAUGCCCAAUCCGUCGCUUCUUCUGGACCUUUCCUACCUAGAAAUCAUCGUGAGGGAUGUACAGCAGGAGGAUUUCGAAAUCCUCGGAAGGUUGCCAGCUCUCUAUUAUCUUAAACUGGAGAGUAUCCCUAAUAAUCGCCUCGGAGUCCAUGGGAAAUUAUUCACCGUAGGUGCUGGUUCAUUCCCACGCUUGGAACAGUGCAAGUUGAGGGGACUUUUAGGACAUAUGAUGUUUCUGCAAGGAGCUAUGCCAAUGCUCACAAAGCUUGCAUUCGAGUUCCUUCAUAUGCAGGAGGAAAGAGAAAUCACCGGCACUGAUGAUGCUUUUGAUAUGGGUCUGGGAUACCUGUCAUCACUCCAGGAUGUCACAGUUGACUUUCAUUAUCAAUUCUACAGCAAGGAGGAGGUUGAUGAAGCGACAGCUAUGCUAAGGGAAGCGACUGGAAUCCAUCCAAAUAAUCCCACAUUCAGAAUUAUUAAUUUGCGUGACUCAGAUGAUAAAUCAUGUCCUGAUGAAGAUGGAGAUGAAGGUUCAGAUGAAUGAUGGGCUGAAGAAAUGAUUUCGAUGGCCGAUAGACUGUUCCGGCCAACUUGACCCUAGGAGCGGAUGAUUCCUGAAUGUUAGUAGGACAUGUUUGGCGUGCCGGCAGCGAGACGUCGUCGACGACGCUCAAGUGGGCAAUGGGGGAGCUGAUGCGGAACCCGACGGUGAUGCAGAAGGUGCAAGAGGAGGUCCGGCGGGCACUCGCCGGACACGACAAGGUGGCCGAGGGCAGCCUGACCAACAACCUGCACUACUUCCGGCCAGUCAUCAAGGAGACGCUCUUGAGUUGUGAGAUAGUUCUGCUGGGCCUGCUUGUCAUAUGAAUCAUGGACUCAAGGUCAACUAUGGGUGUUAGCUGUAGAUGUAAUUUGGUUACUGCAAUCUGUUCCUUUUGGAAACAUUAGCAAGUACUCCCAUUUGGCAAGAAACUGCCAUUUUUCCCAUUUGCAUGGAACAGCUAGAUUUUAUGUCAUGUCAGAAUGCUGAAAUAUCCACAAGUUUCUAUAUUUGUGGUCCUUGACUGAAACUAACGAUGAAAUUUCUAUAUCACUGAGUCGUACUUUAUUCUUCUGCUGCCACAAAAUAUAUGUCCUUAUUUACCAACCAACCGAGUCCGGAGUAUUAUCUUUUCUUUUCUUCUCUUCUCUGUGUCUGCACAGGAAGAUCAUAGUAGUACUGCUCCAAACUUCUAUGUAAAGGCUGUUGAGAGUGUUCUUCCCAUGUAAAGUAGAGGCUUGGCAUUUUAGGCUAUCAUGUAUGUGCUGUAGGAACUCUUCAAUAUCUUUUAUUUUGUGGCAUUUUAGGCUUGGCAUUUUGUAGUAACAUUUGAAAGCCCUUCUACGUUUGAAUGUGUACAUUUAUUUUUUACUAGUCCUAUUACCCUGCACCUUUGUUUUGUUCACUUUCUAAUUUGCUUAAACUUUUCUUCAUUUUUUUUUUGGCUACUCAACAAUUGAACUUGCAUCUUGUAUGUCCAAGAGAAAGGCUACUUUUUUGUCUCCAUGUUUCAGGUCUUUUUAGCAUUUCUGUAUCACAUGCAGAACCAUCACCGCAUAACUUGGUAAACAUUUUCAAUAUUCUAAGAGCAAUUUGUAUGCGUGCACUUGCAGCUUCUGCACUACGAUAUCAGAUACGUCCCUUGCUUUGUGCUCCUGGACAAGCACGGCAGAGCUCUAUCGAAGACUGGGGUACCAACCAGCCGUCAGCACGUUAUCGCUGCCCUCCAUCACCUCCUGAAGAUGGAGCGGCCAUCUGGGCAUGAAGGAAACCAGAGCGUGCCUCCAUCAUGAACAUAAAGCCAAACGCCUGAGCAAGAUCUGUAAUGGCAAAGAAAAUUUCAGAAUGUGCAUUUUGUUUAGCAAACGUGACACUGAGCGACAUUGACACUUCAAUUCUUUAUCGGUUAAUAGUACAUCUUCUAGGUGCAAAAGCAGUUGAAUUUUUCCCCUUUUGUUGGGUUGUGGUGACCCUAGCUCGAUAAUGUCAGCCUUAAUAUAGGCUCCCCAUUUUUCUCUCAGAUUUUCUUGGGGAAGCUUGUAUUGUUUGUCAGAAAAUGUAGUGAUUUCUGCUUCA